AUGCCCGACACGGGUCUCUGCCCCAUCUUUCGCCUAUCCUGGCGGGUUGUAAUUGAUGCGGAUACCGACAACCGAAUCUUCGUGUUGAUCCUUGACAGACCCUUCAUUCACACCCAAGCAAUCUUCCCUAUCCCUAUACAACCCUUUGAUAUAGUUGAUUAUUACGGGGUGGAGUGUCAAGUACCCGGAUGGGGUCAAGAUACUUAUUCACAUAAACAUAAAUUUCAACUACGCGUUGGUGAGUUGAUCAUCAAUGAGAAUUUGACGACUGAAUCAGAGAUUUGGACUGAUUCAUUGGGGCAUAAUCUGUGUCCGGGUGAUGAAGGAGGUCCUCUGAUAUGUUCGGGGGUUCUGGUUGGUAUUGCCCAUGGUGCGGAGUUUCCAUUUUGUUGGAGUGGGAUGGGUCGAGCAAAAUUUGAGAAUUUGAUGGCGUUUCAUAAGUUUCUGGAGAGGGUUACUGGUGGGGGUUAUGAUUCAUCAAAAUGGGCAACUCCUGAGAUAUGGUUAGAAGUGAUAGCAGUUGGAAUUGGUUAUGUUGUAGUGCAUUUUAUUUUAUAA